CCAACAGGAUGGCUGCAGCGAUGGCGGAGGAGCAGGAGGGGGUUAACUACGCUUCAGUUGUAUUCAAAGCUAACAAAAAUCCUCCAUCUGAAGGUAAAACGGAGGAAAUUGUGUACGAUGAAGUGAAGGUGCAGAACGGAACAACUGAUCAAGCUGCUGAUGCAGGAUUCUUGGUGGACAAGAGAGCAAACAACAGACGUCGCCACUUUAAACGGUUGGCUUGUGGUUUGGGAAUCGUUUCUGUCAUUUUGCUGUCAGGCAUCAUAGCAGUCUGUGUCUACAUUGCUACAUUAAGUCACGAGAAUGAGCGCUUAGAAGAAAUCCAAAAGAAUCACCUGACGAACCUGACGAACCGCAUCAACGAACUCAGCUCAGAGAAUGAAAACUUGAAGAGAGACAACAUCGAUCUGACCGUCCAGAUGAGCAACCUGAUACAAAACUAUACUGUCUUAGAAAACAAGAUCACAAACCUGACGGAAGAAAACGAGGAGCUGAAGUCACAGAAGAACAACUUAACAGAACAAAUACAGGAGAUGAAGGCAAACAUCAACAUCAGCCGAGCUCAGUGGAGCAUUGAUGCCUACUGCCCCAAAAAGAGUGAUGAGAGACAUUGUAAAGCUUGUCAGAAGAACUGGGAACACAACAAGCUGAGCUGCUAUAUGAUUCAUAACGCUAUACGUUCUGAACGGAUAACCUGGGAAGAAGCUCUAGAAAACUGCAGAGGAAAGAAUUCAGAUUUGGCUGUUAUACAUGAUGACAAGGAAAAGAAAGUCAUCAGUGAUUACAGCUGGGACAGUUCUGGAACUGAUGGAUACUGGAUUGGCCUGAGAGUUGAGGAUAAGAAGUGGAAGUGGAUCGAUGGAAGUGAUCUCACUAAAAGCUACUGGAUAGAUCCUCCUGCUGAAGGUCGCUGUGCGAUUUCUGUCAAGAAAGAUAGAUGGAAAUCAGUGAGCUGUGAUAGGAAACAGCGAUGGAUCUGCAAACAGAAAGCUUUAUCUGUUUAAUCACUGCUAUGAUACUUCAAGAUACUUUUUUGUUUUUCAAACAUAUAAAUUACAUAUAAAAGAAUUACAUUUUUUUAACAGGAAAAAAUCAAACUGAAUUAUUUUUCAAAGCUGUUUGUGUGCAUGUGUCUAAAAACAGAGACUCAGAUGUAAAGGUGUAAUUAGAUACUGGGUUCUGUAGAAAAUGUGUGUCUGACUGCUGACACAGCAUUUAGGAAAACACAGUAACUGUCCUGAAUUUGUAUAUCAGCAGAUUGAUGCCAGGGACCAACAGGACUGCUCAGUUUCCUGUUUCUGUGCAAGGAAACUAUAAAAGAAGGAGAGGUCAUGACGUCAGUGACAACAUUUGAAUUUUGCAUUGGAGCCAGUUUGGUGUCACUUCUACCAAAGUUCAUUAGGCAGCCAUGACACGUCCCACUAUAACCCAUUAUAUCUGUUCUGUUUCAUCUUUGACUGAAAGUUCCUUCCACAAAUUAAAAACACAC